GAGACGCUUUAGCCUCACGAUGCGGACCCAGUUACUCUAUUUGAACGUCGCGCACGACCCAAAUUAGCUCUAGCGGAGUCGAAUAUAGAUACAAGAGACGGGAAUGUUUCGUACAAUAUGGGAUUCCCUUCAACCGCAGGCCAACGCCUUGAUUAUAAAAAUCCCGGCACCCUAGGCUCGGCCAUCCAUCUCCCUCCCCGUCAGUGACUACUGAAUUUCACCACCACCACCAUGCGUCUCCUCUCCCUCCUCGCCGGCUACCUGUCGGUAGCCUCCGCGACGACGCUCGGAAAGCGAGCACCCACACCCGGCCAACUCUCUCAAGUCACCGGCGUCGGUCCCACAAAUGCUGGAUUUUACAUCUACGUCCCCAAGAAGCUCGCCGCAUCGCCCGGCAUUGUCGUCGCCGUGCACUACUGCACGGGUACCGGCCAGGCGUACUACAACAACUCGCCCUACAAGACGCUUGCCGAGCAAUACGGCUUCAUUGCCAUCUACCCCAGCUCGCCUCACUCGGGCACGUGCUGGGAUGUCAGCUCCAAGAAGACGCUGACGCACGAGGGAGGCGGAGACUCAAACACCAUUGCCAACAUGGUCAAGUGGACCAUCAAGGAGUACAAGGCCGAUGCCUCCAAGGUCUUCGUCACCGGCAGCUCCUCGGGCGCCAUGAUGACCAACGUCCUCGCCGCCACCUACCCCGACGUCUUCGCCGCGGGCAUCGUCUACUCGGGCGUCCCCGCGGGUUGCUUCAUGUCGCAAUCCGGGGGCGUCGACGCGUGGAACAGCACGUGCGCCAACGGCCAGUCGACAGCGACGCCGCAGAAAUGGGCCCAGGUCGUCUUCGACAUGUACCCGGGCUACAACGGCACGCGGCCGCGCAUGCAGAUCUAUCACGGCUCCGCGGACACGACCCUCCGCCCGCAAAACUACCAGGAGACAAUGAAGCAGUGGGCGGGCGUGUUUGGAUACGAUUACAAUAAGCCGGAGAGCACAAAGCAGAAUGAUCCGCAGAGCGGGUACACGAGGACGAUCUAUGGGCCUAGGGUGCAGGGUAUCUAUGCGCAGGGUGUGGGCCACAGUGUGAAUAUCCGUGGGAAUGAUGAUAUGAAGUUCUUCGGGUUUGCGGCUUAGGAGGGUGGGAGGCGCAAUUGACGUGACUUGGGAGGGCGAGGAAUGCUGUGGCUUGUGCGGAGUUGGAUAUGUCUUCAGAAGGGUUUUCGAGCGAUGAGAAACGAAAUCGAAAGCCACCAUUAUUGUCGCUUAGGUCGUCACGGCGAAU